GGAUAGCUGCCCCAAUGCCACCAGAUUCAAUAAGGUUUUUUCGAAGAUGGGAAUUCAGCUCAGCUGCAGGAGCUGAACUCAGGCAUGUGGUGUGUUGAGUGUGACUGAGGAGCUUGUUCCAGAGGAGAUCUGACAUGGAGCACACUGUCCAAACCCUUCACUGGCUCUACAAUGCCACAACCAGUGCCAAUCCGAUACAGCACCUCUACAAUGCCACAGCCAGUGCCAACCCGAUUCAGCACCUCUACAAUGCCACAGCCAGUGCCAACCCAAUACAGGCGCUCUACAAUGCCACAUUUAGUGCCCAGAGCCCCCAGCUGCCCCCUGAUGCCAGUGCGAGUACCCACGGCGUGCCCCGCCUGCAUCUGCUGUCGGAUGGAAGCGCCAGCAUGAGUGUGAGUGACACGUCUAUGAUGACACUGCUCCUGAACGCUAGCUCCGCGCUGCCCCUUCCCAUGAUGCCCCGGGCGCCGACGGAGCUCCAGGUCAUCACCAUCCUGCUGACGCUGCUGAUCUGCGGCGUGGGCAUCACGGGCAACGUGAUGGUGGUGCUGGUGGUGCUGCGCACGCGCCACAUGCUCACGCCCACCAACUGCUACCUGGUGAGCCUGGCGCUGGCCGACCUGGUGGUGCUGCUGGCAGCCGGGCUGCCCAACGUGUCCGAGGUGGUGGCGUCCUGGGUGUACGGCUACUGGGGCUGCCUGCUUAUCACCUACCUGCAGUACCUGGGCAUCAACGUGUCGUCCGGCUCCAUCACAGCCUUCACCGUGGAACGCUACAUCGCCAUCUGCCACUCCAUCCGGGCGCAGCUCAUCUGCACGGUGGCGCGCGCCAAGCGCAUCAUCGCCGCCGUGUGGCUGCUCACCGCACUCUACUGCACCAUGUGGUUCUUCCUGGUGGACGUCCAGGAGACACGCUACGCAGACGGCGUCCUGGUCACCUGCGGUUACCGCGUCUCUCGCAACCUCUACACGCCCAUCUACUUCCUGGACCUCACGCUGUUCUACCUGAUGCCCCUGCUGGUGGCGUUGGUUCUGUACGGGCUCAUCGCUCGGAUCCUCUUCAUGAGCCCGCUGCCCGCCAGCCUGGGCGACCGCGGGGGCAACGGGUCCAUCCACCAGGGCCGCGCCAACAGCACCCUGCACCCACCCGCCAGCGCCAAGGCCAACAAGGGCGCCAUCUCCUCCCGGAGACAGGUGACGAAGAUGCUGGCAGUUGUGGUGGUUCUGUUUGCCCUUCUGUGGCUGCCAUACCGGGCCCUGGUUGUGGUCAACUCCCUGAUGGACCCGCCGUACCUGGACACCUGGUUCCUGCUCUUCUGCCGCACCUGCGUCUACGCCAACUCGGCCAUCAACCCCAUCAUCUACAACCUCAUGUCACAGAAGUUCCGUACCGCCUUCCGCAAGCUCUGCCAAUGUCGGGGUGGCGCUCGCGGAGGGGCAGGGGGAGGGGGCAGCCAGAAACUGCCCAGUCACAAUCCUCCGGUCUACUACAGCGCCGUUAAGGACUCGUCUCUGGACAGUCCAGAGCGUCUGACGGAGCAGGAAGAGCUGAACUCCUACAGCGCCGCCACCAAGAGAGUCAACUUCAGACAGCAGGGGGCAGCUCAGGACACGGAUCCCAUGUUCAGCAUCGCCUGAGAAACAUCAGGGGGAUGGACAGAGA